ACACAGUUGCUCGACUCUUCCUUAGCAGCGAAGAACUCCUCAAACGUUACGAUGUUCUUACAGCGUCCUUUGGUUUCAGCAGUGGGCGUCGUCCUGAUGUGCUGCUGCGCCUCGGCUCAGCACCAGUACGGCUCGGGGGGCAUCGUCCAGGGCGGCGGAGGAAGGUUCAACUCAGGAUCCGGAGGCUUUGUCGGGGGAGGAGGCAGCGGCAGCUCUGUUGUCAGAAUUCCCAUCACUGCCUCGGGGGUUAUUCCCAAUUACGCUGUUAAUCCCAACCGGCCAGUGAGUUACAACGUCGUUCCCAUCCCGAAGGUGGCCAUGCACACUCUGCCUUCUACCGGCCCUGUUGGAGGCCUUCAUGUUGGAGGUGGCCGUGUUGGAGGUGGCCAGUUUGGAGGUGGCCAGUUUGGAGGCGGUCGUGUUGGAGGUGGUCGUGUUGGUGGCACCUAUGGUUAGAAAAAACAAACAAACAAACUAAUCGCGAACUGAGAUAUUGAGCUUUGAUUUCAAUUGGCUAUGUUUUUGAUUUUCUGUAAAGAACUGAAUAAAAUUGGCGAAAAAUA